UCUAGGCCGAUAACAACACUCACAGCACGGUCAUGUCUAGCGCCAUCUACGACGGGAACAAAUCCGACGAUAAUUGCACCAACGUGGACAAACUGAUGAAACUCUACUACCUGCCUGUCAUGUACAGUGUCAUUUUCACUGUGGGGCUGCUGGGUAACGUUACCUCCAUCGCCAUCUACCUGGCCAAGCUACGACCCUGGAAGUCAAGCAGUAUCAUCAUGGUCAACCUGGCAUUGACGGAUCUUCUGUAUGUUCUGAGUCUGCCUUUCCUGGUCUACUACUACACCCACGGUGAAUCCUGGACCCUGGGCGAAUUCAUGUGUCGCUUUGUGCGUUUCGGGUUCCACUUUAACCUAUAUGGUAGUAUACUGUUUCUCACCUGUUUGGCUGUGUUUCGAUAUGUAGUCUUGGCGCAUCCUCUGAGGACGGCGCAGGUGCAGCAGAAGAGGUGGGGUAUCUUGGCGUGCGCCGCGGUCUGGGCUAUAGCCGGGGCGGAGAUUGUGCCCAUGCUCACCAUGAUCACCAUGGAGAAUAAAAACAACAAGACCACCUGUUGGGACUUUGCUAGCAACGACCUGGUUGUAGUGUGGUGGUACGGCUGGCUGCUGACCGUGCUGGGCUACCUGCUGCCCCUGGUGGUGGUUGUGGUGUGUUACGCCGGUAUCGCCCGGGAACUAGCCAAGGGGCCCCACACCCACAGCCCUUGCCGGGUACGGGCACGCCGCCUCACCGUACUGAUCCUGGUGGUGUUCGUGGUAUGCUUCCUGCCGUACCACGUCCUGAGGAUCCUAAGAAUAGACACCAGGAGGAAGCCUGAGUCGUCAUGUAUGCUGGUGAACUGGGUCCACGCCGCUUAUAUCAUAUCCAGGCCCAUAGCGGGGCUCAACACCUUCUUUAACCUGGGUCUGUACACGCUGGCCGGGGACAAGUUCCAGCAGGCCUUCCUCAGUGUGUUCCCCUGGGGCCCCUGGUGGACCAAGUUCAGGACUCACCUCAAACUCAGCCUAGCUGUCGUCAGUAAGCCCAGUAACACAGCUUCAGCCGAAAGGACAGUAGCCACGGAUAUGGACAUCCAUUGACAGGAAAUAUAAUACAGUGUUCUACUUCAUUCUGUGUGGACAUUACUACCAUGGCAAUAUAUUGUCCUACAAUACUGUGUAUACUGUACUGUGAUCCUGUAAAUAGAAAAGCUUUUAUCAGAUUUUAUUAUAUGCCAGUAUGAGGUUUACAACAUUUAUGUGGUUUCUAUAAAAAUAUUAGAUACCCAUAAAGAGUGACUUUAUAUCUACUGUUUACUCUAAUUGGUAUUGCCAUAUCACUUCCUUAUAAAUAAACGUUUAACAAUCAACA